UGCUCCUCCUCAGUCCAAGUAAUCACAAAAGAAAUCUUUUGGAGCUGCUGGUGGUAUUUCCGAGCAAAUACGGGGAGGGGAGGCGGAAAAAGAAACACGCACAAUUCAAACAAGCCAGACAGACAUUCCUUUUACAUCUAUAUACACAUUAUACUUUCAAAAAAAAAAAAGAAUAACAACCUUGGAGGAAUGAUUUUCCCAGCAGAGCAGAUCUACUCCGGCUGCAGCCUUCCUUCUUGCUGAGAGGGGAUUUUUGUGAUACAAGGUCCAAGCUGUUAGCUUCAUGACUGCGUUGAGCAGGGAAUCGCCAACACCAUGCGAGCACAAAUUGAAGUGAUACCAUGCAAAAUUUGUGGAGAUAAGUCCUCUGGAAUACACUAUGGAGUCAUCACAUGUGAAGGCUGCAAGGGUUUCUUUAGAAGGAGUCAGCAGAACAAUGCCUCUUACUCCUGCCCCAGGCAGAGAAACUGUUUAAUUGACAGAACCAACAGAAAUCGUUGCCAACAUUGCCGACUGCAGAAGUGUCUUGCCCUAGGAAUGUCUAGAGACGCUGUGAAAUUUGGAAGAAUGUCCAAAAAGCAGAGAGACAGCCUGUAUGCUGAAGUGCAGAAGCACCAGCAGCGAUUACAGGAGCAACGGCAGCAGCAGAGUGGUGAGGCAGAAGCCCUUGCCAGGGUAUACAGCAGCAGCAUCAGUAACGGCCUGAGCAACCUGAACAACGAAACUGGUGGCACUUACUCGAAUGGGCAUGUCAUUGACCUGCCAAAGUCCGAGGGUUAUUAUAAUGUGGAUUCUGCCCAGCCCUCCCCAGAUCAGUCUGGGUUAGACAUGACUGGAAUCAAACAGAUAAAGCAGGAACCUAUCUAUGACCUCACUUCUGUACCAAACUUAUUUACCUAUAGCUCUUUCAACAAUGGGCAAUUAGCUCCGGGGAUUACCAUGACUGAAAUAGAUCGAAUUGCACAGAAUAUCAUUAAGUCUCAUUUGGAGACAUGUCAAUACACAAUGGAUGAACUACACCAGCUAGCAUGGCAGACCCACACAUAUGAAGAAAUUAAAGUAUACCAGAGCAAGACAAGAGAAGCAUUGUGGCAACAGUGUGCCAUCCAGAUCACUCAUGCUAUUCAGUACGUAGUGGAGUUUGCAAAGCGGAUAACAGGCUUCAUGGAGCUCUGUCAAAAUGAUCAAAUUCUACUCCUUAAAUCAGGCUGCUUGGAAGUGGUUUUGGUGAGAAUGUGCCGUGCCUUCAACCCACUCAACAACACUGUUCUGUUUGAAGGAAAGUAUGGAGGAAUGCAAAUGUUCAAAGCUUUGGGUUCUGAUGAUCUGGUGAAUGAAGCGUUUGACUUUGCAAAGAAUUUAUGUUCCUUACAGCUGACUGAGGAAGAGAUUGCAUUGUUUUCAUCUGCUGUUCUGAUAUCACCAGAUCGAGCCUGGCUAAUAGAACCAAGAAAGGUCCAGAAACUUCAGGAAAAGAUUUAUUUUGCACUUCAACAUGUGAUUCAGAAGAACCAUCUUGAUGAUGAGACCUUGGCAAAGUUAGUAGCCAAGAUACCAACAAUUACUGCACUUUGCAACUUGCAUGGAGAGAAACUGCAAGUAUUUAAGCAAUCUCAUCCAGAUAUAGUGAAUACACUGUUUCCUCCAUUAUACAAGGAGCUUUUCAAUCCAGACUCUACCACGGGCUGCAAGUGAAGGGGAAGAUAGAAUUGUCACAAAGUCCUGGAAUGCAUCACUGUAAAGACAAAAGAAAUGUUUUCAUGAAGACUUAUUAAAAAUGUCACUACUGCAACACUAGGAAUGUCCUGCACUUAAUAGAAUUAUUUUUCACCGCUACAGUUUGAAGAAUGUAAAUAUGCACCUCUGAGUGUGGCUCUUUUAUUCUUGUCUUUCUUUUACUUCUUUUUUUUUAACCGACCAUAAAUAUACAAAUAUAGGACACUGGGUGUUACCUUUUUUAUUUUAUUUUAUUGGGGUAUGUUUUGGGAAACAAUUGUUCAUAGAAUUUUAUUGUAGAUAUAAAUGAGAAUAGAGCAGUACUUUGCAGUAUUACUCUUGCUGUUUAUUGUUCAAAUAUAAUUUAAGAAAAUUCCACUUAUUACACUUGCCUAUUUCUAUGUUUUUAGAUAGUUUAAUGCAUGUGG